AUGUACCACGAGAAGCAGCAGCGAGAAUUGUGCGCCCUGCAUGCACUGAACAACUUAUUUCAAGACAAAUCGUCCUUCAGCAAAUCACAACUGGACCAAAUUUGCCAGAAUCUAUCUCCAAACGAGUACAUCAAUCCUCACAGAUCCAUCCUUGGACUUGGAAACUACGAUGUGAAUGUUAUCAUUGCUGCUUUGCACAUGAAAGAGUGUGAAGCCAUCUGGUUCGAUAAGCGAAAAGAUCCAUCACGCAUCGAUACAUCGAAAAUAGUUGGGUUUAUACUGAACGUUCCGAGUAAUUACAAGGUGGGGUUUGUAAAGCUACCGAUUCAGCGCAGACAUUGGAUUGCCAUACGGCAAAUCAACAAAGAAUACUGGAAUCUGGACUCCAAACUGGACGCUCCUCAAUGUUUAGGAGAUGAAUCAAGCAUGCUACAGUACCUACGAGAGCAACUUCAAAGCAAUGAUAAAGAAUUAUUUGUGGUGUGCACAGGCGAGGUGGAUAAAUCACAACAAUGGCUUCUGCCAGACAACGAACAACGGUGA